GUUUACAUUUUGUGAUUUUCAGUCAUAAAAAUAGUGAAAUUAAAAUAUUUGCUCGUAAUUUACUUCAAUUAAACUUCUAUAUAAUUUUUUAAAAAUAAUUUAAGAAAUUGAAUUAUACAUUGAAAGAAUUAUUAAGUGAAAUAAUGGAAAAAUAUCCAGAAAUUAUCUGGCCAGUAGAGUUUUCAGAACUAAAAACGAUCGAAAAUUUAUUGAAAUGUAAAAUUUGUUAUGAUUAUUUGGAUACGCCGGUAAUUACACCUUGUUCUCAUAAUUAUUGUUCUUUAUGUAUAAGAAAAUAUCUACAUUACAAAACAAGAUGUCCUCUAUGUUUUCACGAAUUAUUUGAAAAUCAAUUGAGUCCGAAUAGAAUUUUAGAGGAAAUUUUAAUAAAUUUUGUCAAAGUAAGAACCAAAUUGAACGAUUGUAUGAUGAAAUUGAAUAACAAUAUUAAUGAAAAUAAUAUAAAUAAAAGUGAGAAAUCUGAAACACAAAAUUGUAAUGGUAAAAAAAAUGAUGAUUCUGGAUCAGUAGAAACGUCUGAUGAAAAAGUGGACCAAGGUCGUGAAAAUAUCAAUGAAUGUCCAGAUAACUGCGACGGUUUUGAUGAAUCUUUGGAUCCCAAUAAGCCAACGCUGGAUAGCGACAAGACGUCGCAAAAAAAUAUAAAUUCUACGGAAAACAAUUCCGUUGAAUUGAUAGUGUGUCCUGUUUGUCACGUUAAUAUACCAGGGGUAAAUUUAAAUAUUCAUAUUGAUAAUUGUUCUAAAAGAGAAGCAAUUACUGAUAUUCAUACAACACCAAUCAUCAAACGCCCACACUUACCAAAGCUAGUAUUCAAUUUAAUGAAAGACGCAGAACUCAAAAAGAAAUUAAAAGAAGUCGGUCUUUCUACCAAGGGCACCCGAAAAGUUCUGGAGCUUCGUUAUCAGCGUUACUGCACACUCUACAAUGCGGAGUGUGAUAAAAAUAAACCGCGAAGCACCAAAGACCUGCUGAAACAAUGCAACGAUCAAGAGACACUAGAAAAAACUGUCGAAACACUUCCUAUUAGUAUGCGAUAUAAGCGUUAAUUUUUUUCGCAAAAUAUGCACAUACAUACAUACAUAUAUAUAUUUUUUUAUUUAUUUCGAAAUAAAUUUACAUUAGUUGAUAAUAUCAAAAUAAGAGAUCAUGAACUUAAAAGAUGAUUUUAUUAAAACUAUUGUACUAAUAUAUUUUUUUUAUUGUUCUCAUACUGUAAUUAUUAAAAUAACUUAUUUCAAAUGAUAUUUUGUUAUUUAUUUAAUAACUUUAACAUCACAUUCAAUCGAUAAGUCAUUUUAUAUUUUUUAUAUAGUAUUCAUUUCUAUAUUUUAUUUUCUUAUAUAAUUUAUCGAGAAGGCAUCGAUUAUUUUUAGACAAUAGUUCAUUUAUUUAUUUAUUGAUUAUUAAUUAAUUUAUUAAUUAAUUAACUAAAUUAUUAAGUUGAAUUUUAAGUUGCGCUUACAGAGCUGCCCUUAUAAUUACACACCUUUGGUAUCAUUUGAUUUAUUUUUAAAUUUAACUAAUUUGUAUUUUUAAAUUCUAUUUUUACUAGUAAAAUUUA